GUGAUAGAGGGUCCAACCCCACGUGGAAGGUCACCGUUGAGGUAUUUGUCUGGUACUACCAAUUACUCCAUCUCGUUUAACCAAAACCCACCUUCCUCUUGCGAUAUAUACAUGCUCCCUCUCCUUCUUUCAUUGCUAAAAUUCAGAAGGAAUAGAGAAAGAAGAGAGAGAGAAGGAGAGAGAAGAGAGAGAGAGAGAGGACAUAGAGAGAGAUGACUGUUACAAACUUCAACUGCUGCCUCAAUCCGCCACCUUCAAAUCAAAGCCAUGGUUCAAGCCCUUCUUUGCCCUCAAAGCAAAAUCAAGUACCUGCAUGGAACAAAAAUGAUCAUGGAUCAUGGGCUAAACGAUGUGUUGUAGGCAUGAGUUGCAUCAUGAUCGGAUUCGAAAUGGGCAGCGUAGUAAGUAACCAAACCCAUGAGGCCAUUGCUAAAGUUAUGCCUUUGCCGUUGGAAAUAGCAACAUCAAGUGACCAGAGGGUCGCAAAAUGGAGUGAAAAAAGAAUGUGCCCACAGUGGAGCCCUAACUCACUGGAGACCAUCGUGCCGGAGAAUCUUCCAAGGCCGUCUGCUCAAAGAAGAUGGGAAGCCGUCGGUUUUUCUAAGGAUGCUCCGGCGGUUCAAAUGGUAGUUAGAAAAGGUGGCAACUGCUUUGCUAUGUAGAUUUACACUUUGAUACACCAUGUAUAUGCACCAUAUGUAUAACCAAAUACAGAAUCAAUGAAGAUCACCAAAUUAUUUCUAGGCA